AUGACAACAGAAUCAAAAUUUCCAACACUUGAAUUUAUCAAGUCUGAACAAUUACGUGAGAUAAUUCAGACUAAAGAAGUAGGAAAGGAUUAUUUGAUAAUUGAUGUUCGUGAUGAUGAUUAUGUGGGAGGUAAUAUCCCAAAUUGUAUUAAUAAACCUUCAGCAACCAUCAAAGAUAGUCUUGAUUCAUUAAUUUCCGAUUACAGUCAUGUCCCACAAAUUAUAUUCACAUGUGGUCUUUCAAGAGGUCGUGGACCAAAUAGCGCAAAAACGUAUCAAGAUGGAAUAUUAUCGAAAAAAAAUAACACCUCUCAAAAAAUUCAAGUAUUAUCAGGUGAAAUAUGUUUACAAUAA